CCAGGGAGUCCCCUGCUGUACUUGUGCUGGGGGCCUCACAUCAGCUGGUGUAGCUGCCUGUUUGCUGGCUCAAUGUCUGAGAGAUCUCAGGGGUCCAGGUUAGUUGAGACUGCUGGUCCUCCUACAGGGUCACCCUUCUCCUCAGCUUCUUUCUCUAAUUCAACCACAGGGGUCAGCAGCUUCUGUCCAUUGGUUGGGUGCAAAUAUCUGCAUCUGACUCUUUCAGCUGCUUGUUGGGUCUUUUGGAGGGCAGGUCUCUGGUACACGUCUUUGUUGGCACUUGUGCUGUGUGCCAGCUAUGCAGUACAUCGGUUUCUGCUCUUAGCUGUGCAAUUUCCGUCCUCCUUUUUUUCUUGGCUGAUUAUGCUGUCCUUCCACCUACCUGAGAUGAAAACAAGGAUCACUGGUCUUGUUUGCCUUCUAUUUUUGCAUUUAUUUAUUUAUUUAUUUAUUUGCUUCUGUGUGCGUUUUUUGGGCAGGGGUGCAUGUAUUCUGUAGUGCAUGUGUGGUCAGAGGGCAUCUUGUGAGAGUCUCAUCCCUCCUUCCACUAUACAGCUCCCAAGGACCAAACUUAGAUCUUCAGUCUUAGCCUUAAGUACCUUUGCUCACCAAACCAUUUUCCCAGCUCAGAUGAUUUAUCCAAACAGUUACUUUAAAGCCAUAUUGUAUGUAUAGCAAUAUAACAUACAUAUUAAAUAACACUACAUUAAUAUGAUUUAAUACAAUUUUAAACAACUAUUUUUGGAGUCAGGGUCUCAUUAUGUAGCCCUGGCUAGCCUAGAAGUUGUCGUGUAGAUCAGGCUGGUCUUAAACUGUCAGAUAUUGGCCUGCCUCUGCCACACACCCCUUACGUUAUUUCUGUUCCUCUAGAAAACCCCGAUGUGCGUGCCAUCUAUGACCAUGGACUUGUCUAUUUCUCCUCUGUGUGGCUGCAACAGAGUCAGCCACAGGAUAGAGGAAAGUGCCUGCAGAGUGAGGGCAAGCAAGCAGGCAAAAAGCAAACUUUCCUUCUCCCAUGUCCUUUGCUCUGGGCUGCCAACAGAAGGUAUUACCCAUAUUUGGGAGGGGGUGUCUUCUCAUUUCAAAUAAUAAGCUCAAAAGAAUCCCUUACAUGAGUGCCCAGAUAAUUUUGUUUUGGACAAUUCUGAUGAAAAUCAACUAUUGUAUAGGUUAUUGUGGAUUCCAGGCUGACCUUGAACUUGCUACAUAGCUAAGGAUGACCUUACAUUUCUGAUGCCUGCCUCUACCUCCAGAGUAUUGGGACUUCAGGCAGGUGCCUAGUUUUGUGGUAUUGGGGACUGAAUUUAGGGCUUCGUUCAUUCUAGGCAUUCUGACAGGAGAGUUAGAUCUUCUCUUGUCCUUAGUAGAAGGCAAGACUGACACCUGAUUGUCCCCUGACCUCCACAUUUGUGGCAUGGCAUGCCCAUGCACAUGUGCAUGCAUGCAUGCACGCGCAUACACACACACACACACACACACACACACACAGAGAGAGAGAGAGAGACAGAGACAGAUGAAGAAAGAGAGAUAGAGACAGAGAGACAGAGAGACACAGACAGGCAGAGAGAAGAAGACAGUAGGUCUUUACAGUUAUACUUACCCCUCUUAAUACUCUGCAUGAUUCUAUUCAAGGUCUGACCCUUCUCAUCACCUCCACCGUUAACCCGGAGUAGAAGUCUCAGACUUAGAGUGCCCUGUGACAGACAUUGCUCAUGAUGCCUUCUGUAGUCUCUUCUGUUCCUCUCCUCUUGCUAACUCAACAAUGGCAACCUGUCAGUUCUCAGUUGGUGACCCUGAGUGCCUUCCUGGUUCUCUGAGGAGUGAGUUCAUAGGAUGCAGCCCUCACUAACCCAGCACACCUCUCCAGGCCCCAUCUUUGCACCUCUUCCCAACCUUACUGAACUGUGUGCUUCACUUGGGGGUCCCCACCUGCCCUCUCACUCCAUGCACCCCCAGCGACAAGCCUCUGUGCUUCCCCAAGGACUCCAUACCCUUGGGCUAUUCCCACUCAACAGCAACAAUAGGCAGGCUUACUUAGGUCUUAUCCGGCCUGGGGUCACCCAGGAGACUGGCAGGGGAAAAUGGUGGUCCUGCAGAAAUCUCUGCUGCUGUUGCUGCUCUGGUGAUCCAGGCCAACGGAGUUAAACAACACACCGGCUUUGGAUUAGCCUUGACUUGGCAGAGGCAGGUGCACCAAUGUUUAACCAGAUGUUGGGAAGCUGAUGUCAGCUCAACCCAGAGGCCAACCAGCCAGCCAGGUUUCCUGUGGUCCUCCACUUCCUGGGCUCUGUGCUAAGGAAAGGCUGAGCUAUUGAGAGAGGGAGGGUGUGUGCCAGAAGAGCCUCCAUAUUUCUCGGGCUCUAUGGCCUUAGCUGAGCCCUUCCCAUCCCUGAUUUAUGUCUUUGAGAUGAAGGAAGAUGGUCUGGGUAAUCCUUUAUACUUCUCCAGAGGAGACUGGCCAAAGCAAGGGAUCCUUGAACUCCAGAACCCCCCUAAAAUAGAAUGCCCUGGCAUGGAACUUCCCCACCUCACGGGUAGGGUGGGUAAAUCUUUAACUUGCCAGCUCUGGGCAGGCUGCAGUCUUUCUGGAUGACUGGCAGUGGGAGACUGAGGAGGGGGAUGUAUGUAAGGUGUGUCUGGACAGUCUUGCUGUGGUGACUGGGAGGCAUAUUGGAAAGGGAAAGGAAUCGUGUGCAGUACAAGACAUGGAGGAACGUGGGUCUCCCGAUGGGGACCCUGCACGGAACCUGGAGCAAGGGCCAGAAGGAUCAGAAACCCCUAUUCAAGUGGUGCUCAGGGUGCGUCCCAUGAGCACAGUGGAGCUGCGUAGAGGGGAGCAGAGUGCACUGCACUGCUCGGGGACCCGGACGCUGCAGGUGAGCCCUCCGGGUGGGGGCCCCGACGUGGCGUUCCGCUUCGGUGCCGUACUGGACGGGGCGCGCACACAGGAGGACGUGUUCAGAGCUUGCGGUGUGAAGCGCCUGGGCGAGCUGGCGCUGCGUGGUUUCUCCUGCACCGUCUUCACUUUUGGCCAGACUGGUUCCGGGAAAACCUACACUCUGACUGGACCUCCUCCUCAGGCAGAAGGGGUGCCCGUGCCCCCCAGCCUUGCUGGCAUUAUGCAGAGGACCUUCACCUGGCUAUUAGAUCGCAUGCAGCACCUGGAUUCUCCAGUCACCCUCCGAGCCUCCUACCUGGAGAUCUACAAUGAGCAGGUUCAGGACUUGCUGAGUCAGGGGUCUCCCCGGCCUCUGCCUGUUAGGUGGUCCAAGGCACGAGGCUUCUAUGUGGAACAGCUUCGGUUGGUGGAGUGUGGCAGUCUGGAAGCUUUGAUGGAACUAUUGCAGAUGGGUCUCAGCCGUCGCCGGAGCUCCUCGCAUACCUUGAACCAGGCCUCCAGCAGAAGCCAUGCCCUGCUCACACUCCACAUCAGCCGCCCAACUUCUCAGCAGGUACCUCCUGUGGACCUUGGGGAGCCCCCUGUUGGAGGAAAGCUGUGCUUCGUGGACCUUGCAGGCAGUGAGAAGGUGGCAGCCACGGGGUCCAGAGGGCAGCUGAUGCUUGAGGCCAAUAGCAUUAACCGCAGCCUAUUGGCACUGGGCCACUGCAUCUCCCUGCUGUUGGACCCACAGAGGAAGCAGAGCCACAUCCCCUUCCGGGACAGCAAGCUCACCAAAUUGCUGGCAGACUCACUUGGGGGCCGUGGGGUCACGCUCAUGGUUGCCUGCGUAUCCCCUUCAGCACAGUGCCUUCCCGAGACCCUCAGCACUCUGCGAUACGCAAGCCGAGCUCAGCGGAUCACCACCCGGCCACAGGGUCCCAAGUCCCCUGCAGUAAAGCCACCCCAGCAAGUAGAGGCCGAGCUGCUACAGCUCCAAGAGGAGAAUCGUUGCCUGCGGCUCCAGUUGGAUCAAAUGUACACUAAGGCACCGAGAGUCCACGGAGCCCGGGUGGCCUGGGCCCAGCGGAACCUCUAUGGGAUGCUGCAGGAGUUCAUGCUGGAGAAUGAGAAGCUCAGGAAGGAAAUGAGACAGCUUCGGAGUAGCCGGGACCUGGCCCAGGCAGAGCAGCAUGUCCUGGCCCAGCAGAUCCAUGAACUGGAGAGGCGCCUCCUUUUGGCUUGCUCCCUUCCCCAGCAGACCUCUGCCACCGUGUGCCCCUGCAGGAUGACUCCAGCUGCCUCCUGCCAUGUACUGCCACCCCUCUGCUACUGCUAUCACCUCUGUCCUCUGUGCCGAGUGUCCUUGACCCACUGGGCCUGCCCAUGGAGAGAAUGCCAUGCACCACAGCAGGUGCUGGAGCCUGAGGCCCCAGGCCACAUAUCUCCAUCUGUGCGGCCCCCACCCUGGGCACCUCCAACAAGCCCAGGCUCUGCCAAGCCCCCACAAGAGAGGAACCAUAGUGACUGGACACAGACACGAGUCCUGGCAGAGAUGCUGAUGGGAGAGGAAGUGGUACCCUCUGCACCACCCCUGCCUGCAGGGCCCUCAAACAUGCCACAAGUGCUAAGAGGAGGAUCUGGGAUCCCAAACCAGACCCCAAGACUGGAAACCCUCACACACCAGAUCAACAGCUCCCUGAACCCCAGCCAGAGACAACCACAGCCCAGCGAGGACACACAGAGCCCUGGCCAAGGCCUCUCUUCUUAUUAAAGAUUGCCAGACUGGCUGUGCCCACUGGGUCUCCAUCUCUCUGUCUGUGAACUGGAAAGAAAAGUUGCUGGACAGAGCUGGGGAAUCCUAGGGAGGUUCAGGGCCCCUGACCCCAGACCUGAGGCUGGGUUCACAAUAUGCUGUAAGUGGGUGGGGAAAUCUGAAUAAAGAGAGGCAUGAGUCCUAACCUA